CCCAGUCCGGAUGAGAUACACCUAGGGCCCCGGGUUUCCCCACAAAAAGGCUUUGCUAAACCAAGAAUAGGGGACCCAACGAUAUGGUCCGGGAGGGCAGGGACCCCUGGAGAGGCGUCUGCAGUAAUGGCCCAGUUCCCAUGCUUCAGGGGCAGCAGGGCCGGCUUCUCCUCCUCCUCCAGCUGUUGCUAGUGCAGCUGUUGCGCCCAGCCAGCCGCGCCCUGGGCGCUCCGGUUUCAGAUGUCUGUGCCACUUGCCAUGAACAUGCCACCUGUCAGCAGAGAGAUGGAAAAGAAAUUUGUAUCUGCAAUUAUGGAUUUGUGGGCAAUGGGAGAACUCAGUGUCAUGAUAAAGAUGAGUGUCAAUUUGGAGCCACUCUGGUCUGUGGGAACAAAACAUCAUGUCAUAAUACACACGGAGGCUUUUAUUGCAUCUGUCUGGAAGGAUAUCGAGCAACGAACAACAACAAGACAUUCAUCCCCAACGAUGGCACUUUUUGCACAGACUUAGAUGAAUGUGAAGAACCAGAUGCAUGUGGACCUGGGGGACAGUGUGUGAAUACUCCUGGAAGCUAUGAAUGCUACUGUAAAGAAGGAUACCUUCUCCCAAAUGGGACCCAACCUUUCCACCCUCCAAGGGAUGGUACAUCUUGUACAGAAAUAGACUGUGGGACACCUCCAGAAAUUCCAAAUGGCUACAUCAUUGGAAAAUACACCUCUAGGCUGGGCGGUCGGGUUCAUUAUGCUUGUAAAGAUGGAUUUUACAGUGAAGAACAAGAGAGUGUGACAAGUUGCACAGCGGCAGGCACCUGGGACACCUCAAAGAUACACUGUCAAGCUGUGGACUGUGGGAUUCUUCCUUCAUUCCCAAAUGCCUAUCCAGCUCUUCAGAGCAACACCACAUAUGGAAGUCGAGUUGUGUACAAAUGCCAGAAGGGGUAUGUGCCAGAGACCAGCAAUCAUGUUGUUUUUUGCAACGCCCAAGGACAAUGGGAAGGCCCAUCUCUCAUGUGCAGAGAGAUAGAGUGUGGCAGCCCGCCAGUGAUCCAGCAUGCCAUCCUCGUGGGGAACUACAGUUCUGCUGUGGGAAGUCUGAUCUACUAUACCUGUGUAGAUGGCUUUGAAAGCACUGGAGGCCACCUCAGCUCACUUUGCACAGCAGAAGGUACCUGGACGAAAACUGCCUUCCAUUGCACAGAAACAAAGCCAUCGAUUUCCAAUGUGUCUGUGUUUAAUGAUACCUGUUUGAAGUGGAGAACAAGCCCAGGAAGGGUGGCCUCGAAGAUGGUCUAUCUGAUACACAUUCAAGGACAAGAAGAAGGCGAGACAGAAUUGGUCCAUGAGGACUUGUUGAACCUUACCACGAGCAGCCAGGAGCCUGAGGUCUGCCUGCAUCUGUCUCAGGGCACCAACUAUACUGUGACCAUCUGGAUGACCUUUCCAAAGCUGUCUGUGCCUGUUACGGUCAGCAUCCAAACAGCUGAUGAUGAUGGAUCCUUCGAUGUCUCAGUAUUUAAUGAAACCUGUUUGAAAUGGAAGAGGCGUUCUAGAGGUACUGUAGAAGAGCAAAUAUACCAGUUUCAAGUCCUAGGACGAAGAUGGUAUCAGAAUAACUUUUAUCAUUCAGCAUCAUUUAACUUUACUACAAGGGAAAGAUAUCCAGAGGUGUGUUUAGAUCUGUACCCAAGAACUUGUUACACAGUAAAUAUCACCACUGUGGCAUUUCCAAAACACUUGGCACACAUCAUCAUAACAACACCAAAAUCAGGAAAACAAAUCAUCAGUAACAUUUCAGUUUUUAAUGAAACCUGCAUGAGGUGGAAAAGAAAUGAGAAGAUGGAUGAUGAUUCAGAGGAGAUGUAUUUAUUCCACAUAUGGGGCCAUCGAGGAUAUCAGAAGGAAUUUGAGCAGGAAGUAUCCUUUAACCUGACCACUGGCAAUCAGGCUCCUGAAGUGUGUCUAGAACUGUAUCCAGGCACCAACUAUACUGUCAAUAUCACUGCUGCCUCCUCUGGACUUCCUGUGCUGGUGUCCCUCAUGACUCAGAUAACUGAGCCUCCCAUCCCAGAAAUAGAAUUUGUUGCAGUACAUGGAGGUCCUUUACCACCCCUGAGUUUGUGGAAAGCAGAGGACAGAAAUGGACCCAUCAGUUCCUACCAAGUGCUGGUGCUGCCCUUGGCUCUCCGAAGCACAUUUCCCUGUGAUUCUAUACAGGAUACCACUUUCUUUAGCAAUGACUCAAGUACCAGUGGAUACGUGGCUGCAGAAUUCCUGGCCAAAGACGUCUCUGAUGUCCGAGAGAUCUUCCUUGGAGACAGACUAUACUACGGGAAGUUUUAUAAUGCACCCUUGAAACCAAGAAAUGAUUACUGCAUUAUAGUGAGAAUCAUCAGUAAAUGGAAUCAGGUGAGAAGACAGUCCUGUGUGAUUUGGGCUGAAGUGAAAGAUUCAUCUCUCACUUUGGCACAAAUGAUGGGUGUUGGAUUUGGAUCCGUGGCUGUUGUGGUCAUCUUAGUGCUUCUCUCUUUCUCCAUAGUAUGAAAGUCAGCCAGCUAUCGGGUUAGGAAUCUUGUCUGAAGAUGACCCAGAACCUACCUCAAAUGCAUCUGAAAAUGACAAAUAGGACAUGACCAAAAUGAAUCUCUACCAUUGAAGGGUGGUGAUUAGAAAAGGACAUAAUUCUACAAAUGAGUAAAACUGUACAAGCCAAUCUUUUAAAUUAGAUAGAGGGCCAUUGGCUCAUCAGGGGACAGCAAUAGCAUAUACUUGGUAAGCGGACAUUAAAAGAUAUACUUGGUCCAGUUUGCUGGGUGUCUAACCCUAUUCUGAUUGCUAACAAUUUGGCAGGGACGGGGGAGCAUUUAUAAAAUGCUGUCAUAAGGAGCAGCGAAUGAUAUUGGUGAGGCUAGCUGCUUGGCAGAAAGUUGGAAGGAAGAGGAAAAUACUGGAGAUGAGCAUAGGGAAAAGACUAAUGAUUUCAUUGGUACAGAGGUCUCUCAGGUGAGUUUGCCCUCUACUCAGCUGUCAAAUCAGUCUUCCCAAAAGGAAGGUUUGAUCACAUCAGCCAUUCUACUUAAAUAGACCCCAGUGAUUCCUUAUUACCUCUCAGGAUGAAAAAAAAAUGCUACCUUUCCAGUCUUCUUAUACCUUACCCUGCUCCAUGUUCUCUUCAAUCUGAGGACAUUGGCCUCCUUGCUGUUCCUCACACAGAACUCUUGAUUUCCUGCUCUGUACAUUUUUGCUGGCUGUCUUUCAUGCUUGGAAUUUGCUUCCUCCUCAUCUACUGGCUUCCCUGAUCUCCUGCAGGUUUCAGCUAAAAUUCCAACUUAUCUAGUAUAGCCAUUCAUCUAUUUAUCUAUCUGUCUAUCCAUCCAUCUGUCCAUCUAUCCAUCCAUCCUCUAUCUAGCAAUCUAUCUUCUACCUAUCUACAUAUCUACUUACUACCUACCUAUCUAUCUAUUUAUCUAUCUGUCUGUCUAUCUGUCCAUCCAUCAUCUACCUAGCUAGCUAGAUAGGUAUCUUGAUUGCACAGUUGCUUGCUUUCACCCAUUAGAUUGCAAAUUCUUUGAGAACAUGGAUUGUUUUUUGCCCCCUUUUUUAUUCUUAGAGUUGAUACAAUGACUAGAGUACAGAAGGUACAUAAUAAAUGUUUCUUGAUUUGAUGAAACUCCCUCUACCAAGGAAGAUCUCUCUCUCUGCAACUUAUAGUCUUAGAGAAUGGCCUUAGAAUUAAGAGAUUCACAAGGAAAUUAUGUAUCAAGAAUAAGGGCUAAGGUCAUUGUCCACUAUGCCACGUGGCCUUAAUCAGGAGAUCAUGCCCAGAAAUGCCCCAUUUUGUUGGAAUAGCUCCCCAAUAGUACUGGUAUGAGAAGCUAUGACCUCUUCUGAAUGUACUAGAGUGACAUAUUUAAAACCUCAUUCUCUUUACUCACAGAGGCACUGUAAUUGCCUCUUAGGAGGCCUGAAAAUGUAGCAGAUAAGAGUGCUGGACUGGAGUGAGGAAGACCCAAAUUCAAAUCUGUCCUCACUUACUAGCUGUGUAACACUUCAUCCUGUUUGCCUCAGUUUCCUCAUCUAUAAAAUGAGCUGAAGAAGGACAUGACAAACCACUCCAGUAUCUUUGUCAAUAAAAUCUCAAAUGGGUCAUGAAAAGUUAAUGCAUGCUAAAACUUGAAUGAACAACAACAGGAAAAAACAAUACUUUCCCCUGGAGACAUGCCUGGAAAGAACACUGAAAAGAAUAGUUAGAAGCAGAAAACCUGAAUUCAAAUUCAAAUUCUGAUAUUUAUGGGCUGUGCCACUUUAGGCAGGUCAUUUUACUUUUCUGAGCCUCAGUCUCCUCAUCUUUUAAGUUGGACUAACAAUACUUGGAACUAUCUAAUUUGGAAGGUUCUUAUAAGUAUUAAAGGAGAGAAAUUACAAUAAAGUCCUAUAUAAAAUAUUUUUAUAGUCAUUACUAGAACAGGAUGGUAGAGCUUAGUACCAUGAUGCCACAAUUUAAAGGAAAUUAACUUAGCACCUGAUUAGCAAAAAUAAUUAUUUAAAAUAGAAACCAUGUAGAGAAUGAGCAUUCUUUCUGUCUAAGGCUCUACCAAGUGAGUUCCCACGUUUCUACCCUACCCAGUUCAUCAAUUGGUCAUACAAUCAAAAAGCAUUUACUGAGUAUCCAUUAUGUUUGAGAGAUUGUCUGUCAAUUGGGGAAUGGCUGAACAAGUUGUGGUAUGUGAGGGUUAUGGAUUACUAUUAUUGUGUUAUAAGAAAUGACCAACGGGAUCAUGUCAGAAAAAUCUGAAAAGAAUUACAUGAACUGAUCCAAAGUGAAGUAAGCAGAUUCAGAAGAACACUGCACAUGGUAACAGUAAUAUUUUUUGGUGAAUUGUGAAUGACCUGGUUAUUCUCAGCAAUACAGCAAUCUAAGACAAUUCCAGACUGAUGCUGAAAAAUGUCAUCUGCCUUCUGAGAAAGAACUGGAGUAUGACUGCAGAUUGAAGCAUAAUAUAUUUCAUUUUCUUUAUUCUUUUUUAUCUGAGACCUCUUCCAUAAAAUGACUGAUACAGAAAAAUGUUUUAUAUGAUUAUGCAUGUAAAAUCUAUAUCAGAUUGUUUGCUGCUUCAGGGAGGGGGGAGGUCAGAGAGUAAGGGAUGGAGAAAAGGUCAAAAGAAGGGAGAAAAUUUGGAACUCAAAAAUUUUUAAAUAAAUGUCAAAAAAAUUUUACAUGUAUUGGAGAAAAUAAAAUAUUAUUUUUUAAAGUACCCAU